UCUACGAGUUGGAGGAGAUCCUAUGGCAAUGCACUGUGGACGACUAGCAUACAACGUCUGCUUUCGGGAAUACAAACCUCCAAAAAUUGAAGAUAUUUCCAAAUCAGCCUCCCCUAUACCACCCAGUCUGAAAGCAGGCAACUCUCUGCCUACUACUCCCAGACGUGACACCCAUAAGCAAAACACUCCUAAUACAUCUCAUGUCUCACAUUCAGAUGCAAUUAGAUCUGAUCCACAUAACUCUAACACACCAACUCCAAGAACACGUCAUGAUGCUUCUGAAAACAAAGGACUAUUAGAACAUAAACAUUUAGGUGAUGAAGAGGAAAAGGAAGAUGAUGAAGAAGAAGUAGAUAGGGUAGAAAGUAUGUCCUCACCAGGGCUUGAUUCAUUGCAAGAUCAGGAUGAUCUUGAAUAUGAAGCCGAUAAAACAUCAUCACCACCUCGUUCAGUUUUUCCCCAUGUAUCUAGGGGUUUACCUCAUGAUGCUCCUCUACAUCUUCCAUCUCCUCCCAAAACACCAACAACCAUCAGGAAAGCUCACGUUACAGAGAAGGCUCCAGCUCAAGGAGACCCAGUGCAAGGCGCUAAUAGAGAGAACAAACUCUUACCCCUUCCUGGAACUGAAAUAAUUGUUGUCACCCUUCAUUCGGCUACCCAUAUCCCAUUAAAUACAGUUGGAUCUCUGCCUACCCCUUUUAUAUGCCUAAUGAGCAGCAUCAAUGAGAAAAAAGGAACUGGAGCACAAAGCAUCUCUCAUGCGGCACAAGCUCCAACUACCAGCCCAGUCUGGGGCGAAACACUGACCAUGACAGUGACAGAGGAGGAAGCAGAAGAAGAAGAGCUUAUCCUGACUGUGGCUGAUAAUCCCUCCCAGGACUUUCUACUGGAAUACAGACUGCCUAUACAUGUUCUGAAGCCCUUUCACCCAUAUCAUAUGUGCUUGGUGAAGGCACAUAACCAGGCUCCUAAUGGUUGUCACCUUUACGUCAGUAUUGAGCGUAGAACAAGCUCCAUUACACAGCAGAAUGGGUUUACUUACAGUGCAUUACAGGUUCUACUAGUUGGCGUUGAGAGAUCCCUUCAAGAUCCAUGCUUUCCUCUUCUGGCCCUAGCCCGGAUUGUCCCCAGCUACAGACAGACAGUUCAGCCUCCGGGUAUGCCUGGGGUGUCUCAGGUCAAAGUGACUUUCCCAGAAACUUCUCCAUCUUGUUUCCAGAUACCACAAAGAGCAACACAGGGACAAUCCCAGAUCUCUUUUAUUGGGCUCCCACCUUCACAGCCUAUAUGGAAUUAUUCCUAUCUCUUCCAAGGAAGAGAUGGGGUGACUCUAUUCAGCGAAGGAGCAGCACUAGUCAUAGAGUACCACCCCGUUACUGCAGAUUCAUGGCGUGUCCCCUGGCACCUGUCAAACCAUUGUGGGUUCUCAGUUGUCCCUUUGGAUAUGGAUGUCUAUCACCAGCUGAUACAGAGUACUAGUAAUAAGGCCCUCACCUUAACUCGUAUUCCUAUUCAGGGUACAGAACUGAAGACUAGUUCUGGUGAGGCUCCAAGUGUAUCACUGCAGCUGCUGCUAUUGAAAACGGAGCGCCCAGAUUGUGUUUUGAACCCGUCAGAGAUACAAGCUUCCACUCAUUGGCAGAUACAAACAAAUUGGGCUUCAAGCCUCAGUAGAAAGGAAGUGGGAACUCCCAAAAAAGAUACGCUCCAGAAUGAUGUACCUUCUUUGCCCUCCUACAAUGCUCUGGCUGAUAUCCUCCCAGACCCAUGGGUCCAAGACACAGCAAGAAAACGGCGGUCUUCUGACCCAGCGGAUCCUUCAAAACAGUCGGGCACCAACCUCGCUCCCCAAUACCUGAGCAAUACCAUGGAAGUGUCUGAGGACCCUGUGAAGCAACAUCAGGAACAAGAGCUGGCAAACUAUCGUCUCGCCAUGCAGCGUAUGGCAGAUGAUAUCAUUGCUCUACGUCACCAGAUGAGCGGACUAGAAGCAGAGAACAGUGCUCUCCGUAGUGAACGUAGUCUGAAUCAGGAUGCAGGCCGCAGCCUCCUAAGUGACACAGACAUCGAUGUCAUGACAAAAGCUGAGCUUGCAGACAGACUUGUGACUCUCAAGCAAAAAUUAGCAAGUGAAACAUCAGAGCUCCGUAGUAUGAGAGACCGGGUCCAGCAGUUGCAGAAUGAAUUAGUAAGGAGAAAUGACCGUGAGAAGGAGCUGCUUCUACUGCAGAGAGCACACCAACAGCAGCAAACUGUGCUCGGCCAGUACCACCAGAGACUAACCCGGGCAAAAGCCAUACAAGACACAGUGCGAAAGCAGGAGAAGGUAAUUGAGAAGAUGGAGAAACUGCUGGAUAGUAAACUGAAAGAUGAGAAGAGAAGUCGUGUGGAGAGAGGAGACAGAGGGACAAGAUCAGACACACUUCAGGGAGAAGUAUAUGCUACAUUGUUGUCAGAGAACUCACGGCUAAGAGAAGAACUGGAGAGAGCUCGAAUGACUACAACAAUAUUACCACAGCCUGUUCCUGUCCAUGAAACAUUUACUGAUAGAGAGAAGUUUUCUCUACUUAGUAAACUGGAAAAAUCCCAAGCUAGAGUACAGAGCCUGGAGAGAGAGCUGGAGGAGGCAGCUCGACGAUAUGGCCGAGAGAAACAGCAGCUCUUAACUCAACUUUCAGAGCAGCAGAUGGGAUUCAGCCGUACACACACAACAAUUCUACAUCAUUUUCCUAUGAAGGAACCAGAACAUUCUUCAAGGAGGCUCGCCAAGCUAGAUCCAUUGAUAUGACUACUUCAUAUGAGACCUUGUAGCACUGUUGAACUUAUUUUCUAAUUGGAUUACUAUGUAAUCUUGUCUUGUGUACCAAAAGAAAUUCUUACACGUGGUUCAUUGUCUUCCAGAACAUAGAGGGCGCUAUCAAGAGUUGUAAAUGACUUUGUAAAUAAUCAUUAUUUUUAGAAAGAAGAAAGAAGGAGUAAACUGAACAGCUGUAAAUAGAAUAUAUGAACCACACAGUUAUUACUAAAUGAUUCUAAUUAGUGUUUAUAUAUGUAACAUGGUACCGUUCACAUGUUCAGGUUUUUUAUGGCAACUAUUAAAUACAAAGCCAAAAACAAAUCAUAAAUGGAGGAUCGUCUAUAUAGGAAAGACUAAGACUUGACAUAUUUUCAGAUCCACUCCUGGCUUUGUAUUCAAUAUUUGCAAUAAAAGGGGUAAUCCGGUGGAAAACAAAUGUUUUCACAUCAACUGGUGCCAGAAAGUUAAGGAGUCAUUGCAAGACCAGUGCAAUCUGUUAGCAGGCUUUGUAUACUUUAGUGAUAGAUAACAAUGGUACACAUUUUUAAUCAUGCCUUAUUUAUAAUAGAUAGAAUCCGCUUAUUUAAACUUUUUGUUUUUUGCAAUAGUUAUAUAGUCACAUACACAAAAUCUCCACAGCUACAGACCAACUUUACAUAUUGGGAGGGCAAUAAUUAUGCUAUGAUCACAUAGGUCCAUCUGUUGGCAAAUAACACCUUCUAUGAAUUAACACCAUUGGCUCAAUGAGUUUCGGGUAUGUUUUUUUACAAUUACAUUCAGAAUAGUCUUAAAAAAUCACAUCCUAAAUUUGUGAAUCAAAUAUAUAUAUAUUUGGAAUGUUGCUGGUGUAUAAAAAUGUACAUUUGUAAUAAAAUAUUCAACUGAAAUUGAAAAAGAAUAUUUAUGUAUGACUCCAUUAUUAGUACUUUUAUAUCAUUUAAAAAAAAAAGUUAUUAGUUCAGCAUGUAAGAGAACAGAAAUUUCAAUAAUUCUGACAAUUGUGCAUGGAGAAGUACCAUUUUUUAACUGGGGGUUUAGCUUUGUUGGUAGUUGGGGGGGGGGGGGGGGUGAGGCUGCGGAACAUUUGAUAUUUUAGCCACAUCAGCUGCUUUCUUAAUGGACCAAUGAUAUGAUGCACAUUCGAUUUCUUUCUGUCAGUUUUGUUCAAAAAACACACAACAAAACAUUGUUGCGCAAUGCUCCCUGCCACAAAAGUGUGUAGUACCUGCGAAAGGACUUCAACAGAUAAGGUCACAUGACCACAUUCAUGUAGGCCCUGUUUAACAUAGAGGUAACAUUACCACUAGAGAUGAGCGAACUUACAGUAAAUUUGAUUCGUCACGAACUUCUCUGCUCGGCAGUUGA